AUGGCGGAGCAAGGAGGAUAUGCCUCGUCCGGAUCAGGAAGUGGUCGAGUUAGCGGAAGUGAGGGAGGGGAUCGCAAUGCGAUUGUCCUGAAGGUUGGAAUGGUUGGAGACGCGCAGAUCGGCAAGACGUCUCUGAUGGUGAAAUACGUUGAGGGGAGCUUCGAUGAGGACUAUAUUCAGACCCUCGGCGUGAACUUCAUGGAGAAGGCGAUUACGAUUAGGAAUACAGAGAUCACAUUUUCGAUUUGGGACCUGGGCGGCCAGCGCGAAUUCGUGUCCAUGCUCCCGCUGGUCAGCAACGACGCCGUGGCCAUCUUAUUCAUGUUCGACUUAACGAGAAAGAGUACUUUGAACUCGGUGAAGGAGUGGUAUAGACAGGCUAGAGGAUUCAAUAAGACUGCAAUCCCGGUCCUUAUCGGAACAAAGUACGACAUUUUCGCCUCAUAUCCCCGUGAAGAGCAAGAAGAAAUCACGAAGCAGGCCAAGCGGUUCGCCAAGGCUAUGCACGCUCCUCUGAAGAUCUUCAAGAUCGUGCUGGCCAAGGCUUUCGAUUUGAAGGUACGAGUUACCAUGCAGUUGGAUAUUAACUGA